AUGCAACGACUACCUACAGGAAUGGGCGGGCCGCAUGUGGCGACGACGGACGAGCUGUCGGCGAUCGAGCGAUCCUUGAAAAGAACACAUGCGCUGUUCGCAUGUAACAAGCCACUGGACUGUAACGAUGUCGAGCGGAAUCUCCGGAUGCGGAUAGCGACGAAGACUUACGACGAGUAUCGCGAUUGCAAGUCUCUUCCCUCCGCCGUCCUCGAUCAACAAGCUGGAUCCAGUGGACCCUCGAGACCCGGACACCAGCAGCAGGCCCUCAAAUCGAUCACCAGCGGGCCCCAGGGCCCACUACGGAUCCAAGCUGGGCCGAGUGAGUCGACGGGCGAUUUGAUCCGGGCCGAUUCCGAGUCAUCUUCUCAACACGCAGCGCACAAGCAGUCGACGCUGCUAUCGAAGUCGCUGAUCCGACGGCGCGAGGCGCGUACGGUGAAGCCGGACUUGCACCCGCAGUGGAAGCUCCACCGGGUGAUCUCUGGGCAUCUGGGCUGGGUGCGCUCGGCGGCGGUCGAGCCGGGCAACCAAUGGUUCGUGACCGGGGCGGGCGACCGGAUCAUCAAGGUCUGGGACCUCGCCAGCGGGAACCUCAAGCUCAGUCUCACCGGACACAUCUCGACCGUCCGGGGCCUGGCCGUCUCCGAUCGCCACCCGUACCUGUUCAGCUGUGGGGAGGACAAGAUGGUGAAAUGCUGGGACCUCGAGCAGAACAAAGUGAUCCGCCACUACCAUGGCCAUUUGAGUGGGGUUUACUCUCUCAGCCUUCACCCGACUCUUGAUGUGCUUGUGACUGCGGGACGAGAUGCGUCGGCUCGGGUCUGGGACAUGCGAACGAAAGCCCAGGUGCACGUGCUAUCUGGCCACACCGCGACGAUUGCGGAUGUGAAGUGUCAAGAGAGCGAUCCCCAGGUGAUCACGGGCUCGAUGGACUCGACGAUCCGACUCUGGGAUCUGGCAGCCGGGCGGACGAUGGCCCAGCUGACGCACCACCACAAGUCGGUCCGAAGCCUGACGAUCCAUCCGACGGAGUAUUCGUUCGCCUCUGGCUCUGCGGGGGGGAACAACAUCAAGAAGUGGAAGUGCCCCGAGGGGAUGUUUGUGCACAACUUCAGUGGCCACGAUGCGAUCAUCAACACGAUCUGUGUGAAUGAGCAGGGCGUGAUGUACUCGGGCGCGGACAAUGGCUCGAUGACCUGGUGGGACUACAAGACCGGGCUGCCCUUCCAGACGCUGAGCGACAUCCCCCAGUCGGGCUCGCUGGAUGCGGAGGCGGGGGUGUUCUGCAGCACGUUUGAUGUGACGGGCAGCCGGCUGAUCACGGGGUGUGCGGACAAGACGAUCAAGAUCUACCGCGAGGUGGCGGAGUGA